ACGCACGGAGGCUUUCCAAGUCCACCGGACUCCCUGGCAAACAGGCAUCUGCACUCGGCUACCGGUCAUGUUCGGGGUGCCGGAUGGAUGGAGAAGCUUUUGGACCUGGAGCAGUGAAGACACUCAGACAAUUUGCAGACGAGACGAGUGAAGCGAACCAGCAACGCAUGCCCGCUGACAGCAUCCACAAACGAAAUAUAUCGGCUUCUCCAGGAUAUGGGCAUAUUUUAUUUCCAGAUUAUUCCCAUUGCAUUCCAUUGGACUGAACAGUUCAGUUUCUGUUGCAUUUCCUGCUGAGCAGGAUGAGCGACAGAGGCUGGAGGAGAAAGUUGAAACCCCCUCAAACAGCUGCGGUGUCAGGUUGUGACAGGACGACAGUCAUGUAGGGUGUCGUUUAUUCUGAUGGAUGACAUGCGGGAGACUUAGAGAAGAGGAAGGUUGUGAGGUGACAUCCAUCCCAGUGGAGACGCAGGAUUCAAUUUUAUUUAUAUAGCGUCUAAUACAACAAAAGUUGUCUCUAUAGGCGCUUUUCCAGAGAUCCAUGCAGAACAUGAGCAGUUAUUACAUAAACAAUGGCAGGUAAAAAUUCCCCUAGUGGGAGAAAAACCUUAAGCCAAACAGUGGCAGGGAAAAACUCCCCUUUAGGAGGGAAGAAACCUUGAGCAGGACCAGGCUUUACUGUUUUGCGCUCUUGGUCCCGGUGUUGUGCCAAAAAGUGAUUGCCUGCCAGAAUCUGAUUCCUUCUGAUUUGUGGCCGCGAGAGCGCGCACAGCAGCCCGUUGAACGACAGCGCUAAAACGUCAGAUUUUCAGAUUAUGAAGCUCAAGAAUGAGAUCAAGUCAUAUUUAGGCAGAAACAACUUUUCAUUAACUGUAUUUGGUCUUCAAUCAAUUUUUGGCAGGUGAAAAUGCCUAUUUUGUGUUGUAAUGGUCCUUUAAAAGCAAUCAUUUGAGCUCUAGUGUUUAUAUUAUGAAGUUUAAGAUUGAGAUCAAGUCAUAUUUAGGCAGAAACAACUUUUCAUUAACUGUAUUUGGCCUUCAAUCAGUUUUUGGCAGGUGAAAAUGCCUCUUUUGUGUUGUAAUGGUCCUUUAAAAGCAACCAUUUGAGCUCUAGUGUUUAUAUUAUGGAGCUCAAUAAUGAGAUUAAAUCAUAUUUAGGUAGAAACAACCUUUCAUUAACUGUAUUUGGCCUUCAAUCCAUUUUGGGCAGGUAAAAAGACCCAUUUUCAGGGGAGAAAUCAGAUUCUGGCAGACAAUCACUUUUUGGCACAGCACCGUCUCGUCUCGUCGUCUCCAGCUCCUGCAGGAUUCCCGUCCACCAUGGCAAGACUCCGGAGGAAGAUUUGCGUCGCUCUGUUUCUCUUCACCUUGUUCAUUUUCGGGACCUUUAUGGCUCUGAGGACCCUAAAGCCCACGGACGGCUUCUCGGAUCUGGCUCCGGGCUUGGACCUCCUUCCCAUCCUAGGAGGGAAGGUGGACCGCACCGCCUCCCCGGAUAAUCAAGCCCGUCCGCCGGGCGCCAACAAGGCAGUGUUGUCCAACUUCAGUCCCGAAGGGAUUGUGUUUUACGACGUUCACAUUUUUUAUUACACUUGGUACGGCAGCCCUCAUAUGGACGGCAAAUAUAUCCACUGGGACCACAUCCUGGUUCCGCACUGGGACCAGAAGAUCGCAUCCAGCUACCCGAGAGGGAGGCACAUGCCGCCCGAGGACGUGGGCUCCAGUUUCUACCCCGAGCUGAACCCGUACAGCUCCCGGGACCCGGACGUGCUGGAGUCCCACAUGGAGCAGAUAGGAGCGUCCGCAGCAGGGGUUCUGAUCCUGUCUUGGUAUCCACCAGGCCUGGCGGAUGACAACGGGGAACCCAGUGAAGAUAUGGUACCAGCUGUACUGGAUGCUGCAUACAGACACAACCUCAAGGUUGCAUUUCACAUCCAACCGUACAGAGGACGAAAUGACCAGACUGUGCACGACAACAUCAAGUACAUAAUUGACAGGUACGGUGACCACGGGGCCUUCUACAAGUUUACCUCCAGCACAGGGAAGAGUCUUCCUCUGUUCUACAUUUACGACUCGUACCUAAAUCCCCCGGAAGCCUGGUCUGAGUUCCUGACACCCACCGGCUCCCACAGCGUGCGCGGCUCUGCCUACGACUCCAUCUUCAUCGCUUUGAUUGUGGAGGAGCGCCACAAGCACGACAUCCUGGCGGGGGGCUUUGACGGCAUGUACACCUACUUUGCCUCCAACGGCUUCUCCUUCGGUUCUUCUCACCAGAACUGGAAAGCCAUCAAGGCUUUCUGUGACGGGAACAACCUCCUCUUCAUCCCCAGCGUCGGACCCGGCUACAUUGACACCAGCAUUCGACCCUGGAACAACCACAACACUCGCAACAGGGUGAACGGCCGCUACUACGAGACCGCCCUGCAGGCGGCACUCAACGUGCGGCCGGAGAUCGUCAGCAUAACGUCCUUUAACGAAUGGCACGAAGGGACGCAGAUUGAGCGGGCGGUGCCUAAAAAAACAGUGACACGUGUGUACUUGGACUAUCAGCCGCACGGGCCUGAUCACUACCUGGAACUGACCCGCCACUGGGCCGAGCAGUUCAAUAAAGAGAGGGAACAGUGGCUUAUUUGACAGAGCGCCCUGGUGGAAAGAGGCCUAGAAACUGACUGAUAGGUUUGGGAGUACAGAAGGACACGACGUAGUGCACUUAAGUGUCCCCAAGCUCAUCUGCAAGAAAAGACAUUAAUUAAUAUUAAUGAGUUAGGGUAAAGCAGGAUGAAAAACUUUGACAAUCCAGAACUCUCUGAAGAUCCAUUUGAACUUUGUUCGCCUGUCCAACAAAUACAACGUGCCACCAUGUAAGGGCAUCACUACCGUGUGUACGGUAAAAUGUUGAAUUACCAAUAAUCAAGACAAUCUACUUUUCCUUUAUGCAAAAUAGUGCCCUUUCUGUUCUUCCCUAUACCAAAGUCGAGAAAGUCUGUAAAUGAGGUGGUGUCAUGGUUUUUAAAAAUUGCAACUAUUGUAAUUUUUUUUUGCAUGAUGUUACAACUUCAACAUGAUUCCUGCAAAUUUUGGAAAAGAUUUGGAUUUCACGUGAGAAAAAUAAGGACGUCACAUUUAUUCAUUAAACUUAAAGAUUGAGGAAAUAGUCUCCUUACUCUUAAACAGGAACAAAAUCCAUCCAUCAGCGCACAAAUUUAUGUGCAAAUCCUGCAAUUGGACUGUGUUUUAGGUUUUUUAAAUUAUUAUUUAAGUAUAUAAGUCCAUCAUCUAGCUGCUUGGUUACCUUAUGCUUACAUCACUCUUCCUACCAAGAAAUAUUUAUACAAAUAAACUAUAUCUAUCCAUCCAUCCAUCCAGCCACCACAUUUAUGCCCUUUUAGAGACUCUCGGGGAUUCCAUGUGCAGCUGGUCGAUCUCAGGACUACCGGUAACCAUUCACACGACCCUGACUCCACCGUGCAUGUCUUGGGCUGUGAGAGAAGCCACCACAAGACUGCUGCAGCUCUGUGUUGCCUCCGCUCCGCGUUGAGGUUUUUCUACUUCUGUCAGAGAUGGAAGCCUCUGCCCUACAUGUUUCAGAUGUUUUCUGCUUCAUCAAACCUGAUUUACAGAAAUGGGUCAGAUGGUUUGCGAGCUCUGCAGAAGCUUCACAGUGACUUGUUUGAACUGAGCGUUGGUGCAGAUGCUGAGCUCAGAAUCAUUUAACAAGCAAAAGCACAAAAAAGUCAAAUUAUUUGGCAUUAGGAUCAUAAAUAAAGCCAGAAUAAUAAUGGAAAAAUAAAUAAAUCACCAUUUAUCACCAAUUUCCAAUUAUUCCACUCUUACAAAUAAUCUUUUGUUCCCCCUCAAUUGUAAAUAAACUAUAUUCACAUUGAGCAAACAGUACUUUCUUUUAGUUAAAUGAAAAUAUUAUGAUGAGAUAAAUCAAAGGCUAAAAGAUUACUGGCAUCUUUUAAAAAAGUAAGCUUGUUUAAAACAUUUGAGAAUAAGUGCUUUAAUCAAUGCAUCUGCACUUCAUUUCCUUAUUACGGGUAACUGAGUCUUUCGAUUUUACAACCAAAUAACCAGAAUCAAUCGUGAUUCAAACCAAGACACUUCUGAAUGAAAACAAAAAGCUUCUAAAGCAUGAAGAAAACUGUUGGAAUAAAAUAAAAUACUAACCUCUUUAUUGCCAUUAUAUAAUCCAUUAAACACGUUUACAUCAGGCACUUAAAAGAAAAAAACAACAGCAAAACCCCCUCCAGGUUGGAGCAGCCACACACCACAAUUAAAACAUACCGGUAUAUUACAGUUUCACCAAGUUAAUAUUACUGGGGUCUCAACAUAUGUAACUAAUUAUUGUAAAUUGUAACAAGUGUUGUGUGAAUAUCACACUGGCUGGCAUUAAAUAAACAUGGAAGGGGUUUAAUUUCUGAAUGUUUGCACGUAGAUUCAUCGAGUGCUCCCUCAUUUCUAACCAAACAUUAACAAUAAGAAGCAAAAAUAUAAAUAUCUUCUCUGCUGUGCAACCACGUCCAACAUAUUAGGCAGCUGACAUUACUUGAUGUCACUGGAUAAAUUGUAGAGAGCUACUACAUCCUCUCAUCAUCCCAGGACAGCAUCAUGAUAAAAACAAGAUAUAAACACCCAAAGAAAAUAAAAGUCUGCACGAUAAGAAGAGUCAGUCACGGUUUAAGACUCGAUUUCUUCCUGAGCUGUGUUUUUUUCUUCAUUUCUCUCCUUGGGAAAAGUGAGAUGAACAGACUCAUGUUCUCCACAAGCGUCCCAGGGUUAGAGCCGGUUGUGCGUCUCAGUGUGUGUUUUGGAGUGUGGAGAGUUUAAAAGGUCAUUCUUGCCCCGAGUCCUCUGACAGUCCAUAUUUGCGCUCCAGCACGUCAAGUGUAGAAGAAAGGGCACUGCAAACAAAAUUAGGGUCAUUUCUUGUUUAACGUACAGUUCUACUGCAGGGAGGGGGGUCAGAAGUGGAAGGGAUCUGAAUCUCAGUCAUACUUAAACAAAAAUAAACAAGAUGUGAUCAAAUAAAAUCAUAUAUAAAUAUAUAUAUAUAUAUAUGUAUAUAUGUAUUGUAUUGCAUUUUGGAUGACUUCAUUGUGAGAUAAAAAGGAGAGGGUUUUAGAUGGCUCAUUCAUGCAAAACACCUAGUUUACAGUAUUUACAUAUUGUAUUUGCACCAGCUUGGCCACAGCUGGCACCCUGACAAGAUUGUUAUUGGUGAAAUUUAAACAUGGAGAACUUAACUAUCCCCCCUUUUGGCAAAAGGGCAGUUAUGUCUUAUAUAAACACACCAAAGUCAGAAAAGGCCCAGGGCCUGAUAAUAUUUAUGGCCACCUGCUCUCUUCGUGUGCUAAGCAAUGAGGCCGCAUCUCCUUUCACGUCUUUCGGGUUGUCACUCAAGCAACAGAGAAGUGGAAACAGAGUACAAUCAUUCCAGCUAAAAAUAAACAUCCAAACGAUAUUAGACCUGUUGAUCUGACUUCAUUAACAAAUGCUUUGAAAGACUCAGGAGGGAGAAACUUCUAAGGACCUUGUGUAACCCGCUGUCGGUGUAUCUCAUGCGCUCUCAUGUGCUGCAUCCAAA